CGUUCGUGCGGACAUCUGGAUCUUUCACAGCAUCCCAGCUUUUGCUCUGCAAGCAUCUGGCCGCACAUAGUUUAGUGUGCAGUGUAGUUCAGUAGUCUUUUAGUCGCAAAGCGCGAUUGAAGACCGACUUAGUGGGUUAUGCGCCAUUGUCCACUGCUCAAGAAUAGGUCCAUUUAGAGAGAAUCUUCGCUUAAUAGCCAGCACGGCCAGUUUCUUCGGCUAAUCGAUUUCGAAAAUCUCGAGAAUGCGUACAUGAGGACGUUAUUAUUGGUCAGGUACAGUGCUGGUAUUCUGUGUGAAUUGUGCGAGCUUUUAAAAUGUGGAUUUUCGCGGCUUUAAGUGUGGUGUCACUUAUUUUCAACUGUGUUUGUCAACAAACCCCUGCCAUAGGAAACAGAGGGACUAGGUGUUAUGACAGUUUCAACAGGCCGCAGAGGUGCAUACCGGAGUUCGAAAAUGCAGCUUUCGGAGUCUUGAUGGAGGCAACUAACACCUGCGGACAAAAUGGUGAAAUGGAAUAUUGUGUACAAACCGGAGUGACAGGAAUUCGAAAGUCCUGCGAAAUCUGUUAUCCUGGCCAACACGAUGCUCGAUUCCUUACCGAUUUCAUGCACCCGGACAACCCGACUUGGUGGCAGUCAGAGACCAUGUUGGAGGGGAUUCAGUGGCCCAAUCAAGUUAAUCUGACACUGAAAUUUGAUAAAGCAUUCGAUAUCACUUAUGUGAGACUUAUAUUUUAUUCACCGAGACCGGAAAGCUUUUUCAUUUCUAAGAAAUCCACCAAAGAUGGUCCUUGGAUUCCUUUUCAAUAUUACAGUGCCACCUGCCGAGACACCUACGGCCUACCUGACAUGACCCACACGACCAGAGGCGAGGAAACCAGAGCCCUUUGUACUUCCGAAUAUUCAGACAUCUCGCCGUUGAAAGACGGUAACAUCGCCUUCGGUACCCUGGAAGGCCGCCCGUCCGCAUAUAAUUUUGACAGCAGUCCUGAGCUACAGGCUGGUCGUGUGAAUCCUUUUGUCUUUCUUCCCGUUAUCUAG